AUGGUGCUGGAUGAUGGUGGAUGGAUGGUCGUCUGCUCUGUCAAGGCGGUGGCAGGGGCGGCCAGCACCCUGCAGUUCUUCCUGUCUGAGGGCUUCCUGGGCAACCACUUCAAAACCGUGGAGCUGGGGGCCUCGGAGCCGGAGCCCGGAGACCUUUUCCUCUUCCGCCUCCAGUCCCCCGUGGGCAGCUGGGUGGGCGCGCACGUGGGCGUGUACUGUGGCCACGGAGAGAUCAUCCACUUUGAGGGCAAGUGCCCGAUGGACAGGAGCCGGGGCACCCUCCUGGGCUCGUGCGAGGGCGUCGUGUCCAAGCAGGGCCAGCGGCCACUGCUGCGCUCCCGGCCCCUGUGGCGCGUGCUGAGGCGACGGGGCGGCGUGGACCAGGCCGCGUUGCAGCGCCGCGUGCAGCAGGCCAUGAACUCGGACCCGCCGCGCUACCACCCCACGCGCAGCAACUGCCUGCACUUCGCGCUGCGCCUGCUCGACCCCGACCUGGAGCACGUCCACCUGCACCCGGACCUGGGGACCGUGAGCCCGGCCCGGGCGGAAAAGGCACUAGCACCCCGAGAUCGCAGACCCCUCCAGCGCGUGGGUGCCCACGGGCGUUCGAGUCUGAACCCCCCAGAGCCCCCCAGGGCGGUGCCACCCCGACCCUGGGAAGCCGGGUCCGCCCAGGCCGCGCAUCCCUAG